CGCGCCGCGCCGCGGCAGCACGUGGCAGGGCUGGCGGGGGCACCAUGGCGGCCCCGGAUAGGAAGCGGCGGCACAAGGCGCAGUACGUGCAGGGCCCGGCGGUGAAGCGGGGCCGCGCCGGGGCGCCGCGGCAGCUGGAGCCGGGCAUGCAGGGCAUCCUCAUCACGUGCAACAUGAACGAGCGCAAGUGCGUGGGGGAGGCCUACAGCCUGCUGGGCGAGUACGGCGAGCAGCUGUACGGGCCCGAGAAGUUCUCAGAUCAAGAUGACAAGCUGUCAGGAAGUGAAGAGGAUGAUGUUGAAGCUGCCUUAAAGAAAGAAAUCGAUCAGAUUCGUACUUCAACAGAACAGAAGCUGAGACGAUUCCAGUCAGUAGAGAGUGGAGCUAACAACGUGGUCUUUAUUAGGACCCUGGGCAUAGAGCCUGAGAAGCUGGUGCAUCAUAUAUUAAAAGACAUGCACACUACUAAAAAGAAGAAAACAAGAGUUAUUCUGCGCAUGCUGCCCAUUUCUGGAACCUGCAAGGCUUUUUUGGAGGAUAUGAAAAAAUACACGGAGACCUUUUUUGAGCCUUGGUUUAAAGCCCCUAAUAAAGGGACUUUUCAGAUUGUGUACAAAGCUCGUAAUAAUAGUCAUAUGAGUAGGGAAGAAGUAAUCAAAGAACUGGCAGGAAUAGUGGGCAGCCUAAAUCCAGAAAACAAAGUGGAUCUUAAUAACCCAGAGAAUACCAUUGUGGUAGAAAUAAUAAAAAAUGUCUGUUGCUUGAGUGUGGUGAAAGACUAUGUUCUGUUCAGAAAAUACAACCUGCAAGAGGUGGUGAAGACCAACAAGGAGGAGGGGCAGCAAAACCUGUCAAGUGUCACAGAAGAGGAGAGCUCAAAAGAAAUAAAAUCAGCUGAGGACUCGAAUGAAUUGAAAUCAGGAGACAGACUUCAAAGUGAAGAAGAGAGUAAGCGCAAUGAGCAUGACCUUCAGCAGGUGUAGGAAAUGUCACAGGAAGGAAGGACACCUGUAAGAGACUGGCUUUGAGUUCUAAAAUGGCCUUUUAAAGAGAAGCUAUGGGAUUUUUUUUAAUUUUAUUUGGAGUUUAGUUUUUAAAGUCAAUGGGUAGUAUGAGUUGAUUUUUCAUACACUAUUGUGUAGUCACUAGUGGACCUUUGUGUUUCAACAUGUCCAGUAUCCAGGAGUGUGGUACUAUUUUUUACUCAGUCUCUCGGCCUGGUUUGCCUCUGCUUUGCACCUUGUAUGAUUGCACACCUAUGCAAAGCGUAUGUAAAACAUUCCUAAUCUGAUCUGAUAACACUUACUGCCAACUUCCCAUAGGUAAAAGUACGUAGGAUACAAGGCAAUAUGGAAUUGACCUUGCUAAGAAGCACUAGGUAUGGGUGGGAUUGAGAGUUUUGGAAAAAAAGAUGGCUUGUUAUAAAGAAUAUAAAUGAAAAUGUAGUGACUUAGUUUUGGCAUCUCUGGACUUUUCAUAGCAUGUAAGCCCUCAUUGUCUUGUAAAAUAGAGAAUGGGACUAAGCACACCCAUUUUGCAUGUUGGAUAAGGAAUGAAAACAGGCAGAUGAGAGAACUUAGUAUGUCAAAGUAGUUCAGUGUUGUGACCAAACCUAGAAAAAAAUGCUUAAACUUCCUAGGACAAACAUGCCUAAUAGGGCUGUUGCAUGGGAUUUUUACCAAAAAUCCCAUGGUAUGUCUCAAACAGUAAUGUACACAUUAGAGUUCCUGGAUAAAACCACAUAUUGUACAUAUCUAUUGAAUCAGGACCCAGCAAGUAACUUAAAAAGAGCCUACUUCUGCUUUUAUUCAAGAUAUGCAAUUCCUGUUGUUUUUCUUUAAUAGUCUCAGUUUGUUGGUUUUAUUUUUUAUUAGCUGCGCUACAGGUUUGAGUUUGAACCCCGUCAGAAACUGUAGGUUGUAAAAUAAGUUCUUUGUGGUGUACACCAUAUAACAGAGAAAGGAUCAGUUUACCUAUUUGUAUAGUUUUGGCUUUACAGAAUUAAUUUUGUUUCAGAUUGAAACUAACAUCUGUCCAUGGGUUUUACCUCUUCCUAUAGGCUUGGCAGUUUGUUACACUAGGUUUGCAGAAAUCCAGGCUGAUUUAAGUAAACCGAUAUAGUGCAGCUUUAGCUUCUCAUAAUGUAUCAACAGCCGAAACAGCCUCUGGGUCACUAACAGAAAAUGGCUUGUCCCAAGAUAGCACUGCUUGGUCUUCAUUCAGUGGAAAGGACAUGGUGAAGUCUCAAAAUGGGUUUUGUUUUAUAUUUCCCUGUGUUCUUAAAACAGUUACGGAUGUUUGGAAAUUAAAAAAAGAGACUCCUUCCCUGUUCCUGUCCUUUUAUUCCUCCCCUCAUUUAUUAAAACCCUGUUUUAUUGCC